AUGGAAUUUUAUUCAAAAAAUUCUUUAAAUAUAGCAAUAAAUAAUUUAACUUUUGAAGAAAAUAUUUUCCAUUAAUAUUAAACAGAUCCCUCUUAAACUUAAGCCAGCUUGAUGUAUUUUGACACAAAAUAAAGUUUUAUAAUUCUGAAACACAUUUUAUGCAUUUAUAAUUCUAUGACAAAUUCUUCGUAAUCAUUUAUUUCAAUAUCUUCAGAGGAAGUUUAUUUAGAAAAUAUUACUGUCUUCCAUCAUAAUUGGCUAAACAAAGAACUUUGGAUAAAAUAUUAUGAUGUUCAAUUUUUAGGAGAAUACAAUUAUGAUGAAAUUUCUUAUGCAAUUCAAUAAACUUAUAAAAUAUAGAAUAUUGGAGGUAUUUUCUCAAUAUUUGUUUCAAAAUUUACAAUUAAUAAAGGAUUCUUUAGUUACAUUUUAGCUGAAAGCAAUUCAAUUCUUAACAUUAAUUUAUAAGGAGAGGGAAUUGGUAUCAUAAAUAAUUGUAGCAUUAUUAAUGCAUAAAAUUCACUAAUUUCAAAUUCUGAAAAUGACGGAGCUAUUACCAUAAAUGGCAGGAAAAGUUUAUUAAAAAUAUUACUUGAAAAUAUUACUUUAGAAAAUGUAUAUAAUAAACUAUCGUCAUCCAUAUUUUCAAUAUAUCCAUCAUUGAAAUAAAAUAACAUUAGAUUUAAAAAUAUCAUUGUUAAAAAUUGCUUUUCUCUUGUUAAUUCAAUAAUUAAUUGUUAAUCUGAAUUUUAAAAUGCAAAUAAGAAUAAAAUUUUUAUUGAAAAUCUUAGCAUUGUUUAAAAUGAAUAAACUUUAAUUAAAUUCCUUCAAUCGAUUGGAAAAAUUAGUUCAUUAGAACUACAAAAAUUUAUUGAUGACAAUGCAAUGAUGAAUUUCUUAGGAUGCCAAAUAUAGUUAAUAGGAUUAAGAAUAGAGGGAAUAAUUUUAUCCUCAAUAAUCAAAAUUAGAGAUUCAAAUUCUAUAAAAUUGGGUCAUUUACAAUUUUUUUUUAUUUCAACUUUUUAUCCCUUAAAUUUAAUAGAUAUAUAAUAAAACAAUAUUUUAUAAUCUACAAUCACUAUUAAUAACAUUAUUAUCUCAAAUUUUAUUGAUUUCAAAUAUUAGAAUUUAACUAAAAAUUUAACUUUUUAUAAGCAGGAUCAUAUUCAUUUAAAAUUUGUUCUUUGUAAUCUAAACAAUUAAUAAAUAAUCCAAUAAAUUAAAAAAUAAGAAUUUGUUGAUGCAUUUUUUGAUGAAAUUAUUUCAAAGUCAAAUCAUAAUGGAUCAUUCAUUAGGAUAAAGAGUAUCACAAAUUUAACAAGGGUCUUAUUAACUAAAAUUAUAAUCUUUAAUAAUAUCUGCAAUAAUUGUUGGAAUGGUUUAUUGUAUUUUGAUAUUAUAAAUGUAGAGAAAAUUAAAGUUUAAGAAUUAUAUUGUAUGAAAAACAAAAUAAAAUAAUAUGGUUGUAUAGCAGCAAAAUCAAAUGAUAAUUUGGAAGGUAAAAUGUUAAUUGAUCAGUCAACUUUUAUUUCUAAUGACGGAAGUUUAGGAUCAGGUAUUUAUGUCUAAAAUUUAAGAAUUCUUAUAUCAAAUUCAAAUAUUAUUAAGAAUACAGCAUCUCAGAAAGGAGGUGGUAUCUAUUUUGAAUUAAGUGAUUAUAACUUUAAAAUAUUAUUUACAGCAAUUUGUAACAAUUAAGCAGAUGAAGCAGGGGGAUUAUAUUUAAGUGGAAAUAACAGAUUAAAUCAAAAUAAUUUUAUUUAAUCUCUACUCAUAUUAAAUGAAGCUUAAUAAUUUUCUAAUAAUUUAAAUGAAUCACCCUCAAGAUUAUCUUUAUUUCUUAAUCAUAUAGAAAUGGUUUCUCAAUAAGAAACAAUUGAACAUCAUCCAGUAUAAUUAUUAAUUUUAAAACCAUAUAAAAUCAUAUAAUAAGAUCGUUAAAUACAUGCAUAAUUUUUAUUUGUUCCAAGCGGUCAAUAAAUAUCAAAAUAUCAACUUUAUAAUCCUAAGCUUUAGAAUUAUUAAUCUUACAUUCAUGAUUUUAGGAUUUUCUUUAAAAAUAGCUUGAAUGAACAAUAAAAUAAUUUUUUAAACACUUCUUGUAAUAUAAUACAAUAAUUAUUUGAUAUAUAAGAAUAAAAAGUAAUGGAAUCAACCCAAAUAUCGAAAAUAAAUUUUGAAAAUGAAACAAAAAGUUUUAACUUAGGUCUUUUAGAUUUUAUUAUGGAUCCUUUUUAGCAAGAUGACAAAGUUUAAGAAGUUUUAAUUAAUUGUAAAACAAAUUAUUAUGAUGAGAGUUUAGCAUAUUUAAUGAGAGUUAAAGCCUUUCUCUGUUAAUUAGGGGAGUUUUAUAUUUCCUCGAGUUGCCAAUAAUGUUAAUCAGAACAAGGGUUUUAUUCAGUCACAUAUAAUACAACAAAAUGUUCAAUUUUUGAUAAAAAUAAAUUUGAAGCAAUUACAUCUAAUAAAAUUCUAUUAAAAAUUGGAUAUUGGAGACCACAUUACACUUCAGAUGAUGUAGAAUUAUGUUAUAAAAACCAAAAUCUUUGUUAAGGAGGUUGGGGUGUUAAUAAUGAACUAUUUUUUAAGGGACAUUUAGGAGGACUUUGUGAAGAAUGUGAUAGAUUUAAUAUAAGAGGAGAAGGAUAAUUCUUUAAAAAUUAAUAAUCAGUAGAGUGUGAGCAAUGUUAGGAUACUACUAAACGGUUGAUAGCAUUUUUUUUGAUUUCUAUAUGGUAUUGAAAAUUAUAAUAAAUGAUAGGGCUAUUUUAUCAACACUAUUAACUAUUGGGAGUAUAGAAAAAUCCAAUAUAUUAUUUGCAUAACUUAAACUUAGAUAAAAGUUUGCUCAUAUUUUAUUCAAACUGAAUUAAGGUAUUAAUUUAAUUAUAUUAUAUAUUUAGAUCAUGAAAGUAUUUUAUUUAAAUUAUUACUUAAUUAUUUAUGGAUAUUUUCACUCAUCUUUACAUUUAAUAUUAACUUAACCAUAUCUUUAGGUAUUUUUAAAUAAUCAAAUGAUACUUCAUAUUUUAUGACCAAUUUUUUUGAAUGUUUUUUGUCUGAAAUAUAAGAGAUAGAAUUAAUUUAUAGUAGAAUCAUAGUUAUGUUAGUCCUUAUGCUUUGUUAAAUAUUAGUAAUCUUUAUUGGUUUUAAAAUUGUUUCAAUAAUUAAAAACACGAAAUUCAAAAGCUUAAUUAUUUCAAUUACUAUCUUAUAAAUGUAUGUACAAAAUUAUGCUUCUUUACUUAAUCAGUAAUAAUAUUUAAUAAUAAUUAGAUUUUUUUCUAUUUUAGUUGUUAGAUAGAUUUCAAAAAUAAAUUACAUAUCGGCUGAUGUAUCAUUAUUGUAUGGAUCUAAAAGUCAUAUAUCUUGGAUAUAUGGAUUUUCAAUACCUGGAUCUAUCUUAAUUGGAUUAAUUUUCCCCUUAUUAAUAUUUUUUAUAUUGUACACCAAUAGAGGUUAACAUGAUAAAAUAAAGUUUCGGAGACAUUUAGGAUAUUUAUUUAAUGAAUAUACUUAAAAUAGUUAUUUUUGGGAAAUUAUAAAAUUAUGGAAGAAAACUAUUAUCAUUCUUAUCUUAAUAUAUUUCUAAACUGACAUAUUUUUUAAAGCAUAAUUAUUAAGCCUUUGCUUAUUGUUUUACUAAUUGAUUUCCUAUAAAUAUCAACCUUAUAUUCUUAAAAAACUUAAUUAAUUAGAUAAUUAAAGUGUAUAAUUUUGCUCAAUUGCAAUAUUUUUAGCAGUUCUCAAAUAUAUAACUGAAUAAUAAGAAAAUCAUAAUAUUUCAGCAAUAAUUCAAACAUUUAUCAUUGUAGAUAGUAUUAUAUUGAGUUAUCCAUUUAUUAUGAAUAUUCUAAAUACUUAUAUUAUCAAACACAAAGUACAAGUUAUUUCCUUACUCAUCAAUAUGUUUUCAGCUUUUAAAUCUAAUUUUGCAAUUACAAAAUUUCUUAGAAAUAGACUAAAUAGAUGGAGAUAAAAAGAAGAAAAAUCAAAAUAAAUUAUAGGAAAAAUCAGAUAAAUUCUAUUCAAGAAAAGCAAUAUUCUAAGAUAAUAGUAAUAUACUAUAGUAUUUUUAGAUUUAAGCAUAAAGAAUAAAAGAAUCAAUAUGUUUAACUCACCAUUUAGAACAAUUUCGAUUAAGAGAUAUGA